GCGCGACCAAGCAAGUUAGCUGGAUAGCAUAACAACGUUUGAUGGGAGCUACAAGGAUAGGUGGUGCUGCAGAAACAGCCGACAUCGGCGUUUGACCCAUUGUCUGCCAAGACAACCAACAUUACAGUUUUGUCAAGGCGCAGACUUUUGAAUGAUGGAAUGCAUUUGUGGAUUAAGACAUCGAAAAUAUCGAUGGUAUUACUGUCAGACCUGUCAGAUGCAGGGGCACUGAGAUUAAUUUGCUAGCCACCUCGCUAACAAAUGUCGAUGUACUUCUACCGAAUCUAACUAGCUAAGUAAGCAGACUAGACGUAGCAAGAUAGCAGGCUGCUAUAGCAUUAAUAUUUGUCUCUAUAACGUUAGAUUGCUGGCUAUUAAAGUUUCUUGUCAAUACCAUUUCAGAAUGUUUCACGUAUCAUAAUGUGUUAGCCAGUGACGGCUGCCAUUCAUAAAACGACAGCAAGCUAACAUUGAUUCAGCUACCCGGUAGUAGGGUUAAAUGGUUAUAAUUCACUGACAGUGAAAAAGAUUGCUGUAAUUGUUUGUAACGUUAGUAAGGGAUACUAGUACUCGCCUAAACCUAUUAGUAGGACGAAUCUUACGUUAAACGUUACUUGGUCUCCAUCCCAGCUGCAUUUUUAGUCGGGCAGAUAUCUGUGGACAUCAUUAAGGUAUUUUGCAGGUACACUGUAUCUGAUAACGUUAUUUCGUUUCGGAUUAGUUUCCCUCACCUGCAUUUUGGUUCAACGUUAGGUUAAGUAGUUAUCCUAUAUAUAACUAACGUUAUCUAGUUCACAAUAAUCUCCUCGCCUAUCUAGCUAGAUAGCAUAGCUAACUAGCUCGAUAGUAAACCACCAGUAAGUUUUCCAUCAUAACAGUUGUAUGACCGGUUCUCUGCUUCCUCUUUACCGAAUAACACGAUUAUUCUGUGUUGUUAGGAAACGUUAAGUCCAUACACAGAACUCGUCGGUUAUUGUGAACCUGCUAAAAACGAAGGAAACAUUAGCAAGGCAUCCAUCGUUAAACUAGGUAUUAGUGACAGCAGGCAGCAAAAUAGUCAGCUAACAGUAAUAGCGAGCUAGCCUAACUAGGUUGCAGAAGAUAUGGCAGCAGACCUUCAAUCAAAAUAUACCAAACUGGCCCAGGAGUACUCAAAGCUCCGAGCCCAGAACCAAGUCCUGAAGAAGGCUGUGGUGGAUGAGCAGGCCACUUCUGCCUCGCUGAAGGAUGAGCUGAAGCAGAGGGAGCAGAGCCUGAGGCGGGUGGAGCAGGAGAUGGACAGCCUCAGCUUCAGGAACCAGCAGCUGGCCAAGAGGGUGGAGCUGCUGCAGGAGGAGCUGGUGGCCACUGAGGCAAAGGGCAAGAAGAGCAAGCAGAGUAAAGGAGACUCCCCCUCCCAGCCAAACCUGCAGACCCAGAUUGUGUUUGACGAGGACCUGCAGAAGAAGAUUCAGGAGAAUGAGAGGCUCCACAUUCAGUUCUAUGAGGCGGAUGAGCAGCAUCGGAGGCAGGAGGCCCAGCUGAAAGCUCGUCUGGAGCAACUGGAGAAGGACUCGGACCAGCACCAGGCCGUGGUUGAGGGCCUCACCGGGAAGUACAUGGAGAACAUCGAGAAGCUGCAGAGUGACAAGGCCCGACUAGAGGUGAAGGCACAGACAUUGGAAAGGGAAGCCAAGGACUGUCGAAUACGAACAGAUGAGUGUCAGCAGCAGUUGAGGAAGUAUCAGUUGGAGUUGAACCGGCAGCUGAAGCAAAGCAGCAGUGUCAUCCAGGAGAAAGUGCCCUUCAAUGACACCAAAUUCGGUGACUACAACAGCUUGAACGUUCCGCCACACAACCGUCGGCACCAGCUGAGGGCUCGUGAUGUGGCCGGACAGGCCCUCGGCUUCAUCCAGGACCUGGUGGCGGCCCUCCUCAACUUCCACUCCUACACCGAACAGAGGGUGCACAUCUACCCCCUGGACUCGUCCAUAGAGACCAUCUCCCCCCUCAACCAGAAGUUCUCGCAGUAUCUGCAUGAGAACGCUGCCUACGUGCGCCCACUUGAAGACGGCCUUGUGCAGCUGCACCAAAGCAUCACGGAAGACACUGUUACCAUGCUGGAGACGGUUAACAAACUUCAGGACUUCUCCAAGUACUUCAGUGCCUACACACGCUUCCUACAGAAGAUCUUGCCCUACCAACUCAAAAGUCUGGAGGAAGAGUGUGAAGCUCCUCUUUGCAACUCCUCCCUCACCUCGAAAAACCAGGAGUUGCAGGACGACAUGAAGAGAGUUACCUCUAUCUUUGAGAAGCUGCAGACCUAUAUCAGUCUACUGGCCUUACCUAGUGUGCGUGAGGACGCCCUGCCCCAGAGCAGCUCCGGUGCGGUGUUCACUCAGCUGGCCGCUUCUCUUCACAGCCUUCACGACGCCAUUAAAGAGAUGUUAAAGCAUUACAGCCAGAAGGCGGGCAUGGAGCAGGAGCUGCCCACGGUCACCCAGAAGAUGCGCACCACCAACGAGUGCCUGCUGUCCUCACUGGGCUCCCUCACCAACAGCACCCACAAGAUCGCGGCCUUCUUCAGCAAUAACCUGGACUUCUUCACCUCGUCCACCGGCUACGGCCCUCGGGGGGGAGCCGGGGCCCUCAACCCGGUGCAGGCAGAGAGCAUGCUGGGUAACAAGAAGCAGGCGUCAGCCUACAUGCAGGCUGUCAGGAAGGCCAGGCCAGAGUCAGUCCCCUACACCGAGGCCCUGACCAACCGGCGCGUCCUCACCAGCUCCACAGAGAGUCGAGAGGGACUCACUCAGCAGGUGCUGCAGUCCCAGGAGAAGAUGGCUCGUCUGGAGCAGGAGAAGGAGCACUGGCUGCUGGAGGCACAGCUGGGCCGCGUGCGUCUGGAGAAGGAGACCCAGCGCAUCACGGAGCUCGAGGCCCAGCUCUCCGCAGCGCUGGGGGGCACCGCCGCCAACCCGCCCACGGCCACCGCGCCCGCCCAGGACAGCCCCGGCACCUCAGGCCAUCUGGACCUGGAGUGUGAGGAGAGAGGAGCCAGCAAGGAGUCGAGCCAAAGCUCCAGCCUGGUUGGCCUGCUGCUCACAACGACUUGCAGUGAGGACGUGAGUGAAGAGGAGUCACGAGAGCAUCUGAUUAAGUCUCACUACAUGUCGCGUGUGGCAGAGCUCACGUCCAAGCUGCAGAUGGCCGACAGCAAGGUGGUGCACUUCCAUGCUGAGUGUCGUGCCCUUGCCAGGCGGCUGACUAUCGCUGAGAAAUCUCGUGAGACCAUGACCGAGGAGUUGAAAGUGGCCAAUCAAAACAUUUCACGGCUGCAGGAUGAGCUGGCCACAACCAAGCGCAGCUACGAGGACCAGCUGAGCAUGAUGAGUGACCACCUGUGCAGCAUGAACGAGACCCUGAGCAAGCAGAGAGAGGAGAUCGACACGCUCAAACUGGGCAGCAAGGGAAACUCUAAGAAGAAUAAGGGCCGGUAGUGAAGCACGGACACAGCACGGGGAACAGGAGGAGUAACAACCCAUGGGACGAUCCAGCACUGUCCUGCCAUCGCCACCACUGCAGCAUGGAGAGAGAGAGAGAAAGAGAGAGAGAGAGAGAGAGAGAGAGAGAGAGAGAGAGGUUCACCCUCCCUACACUUCUUUCUAUCUGGCCACGUUGGGCUGAGGCUCUGGGAGUGAGUGUGCUGCUCUCUACAGGAAAAGCUGAUUUAUUUUUAUGUUUUCUUUUUUUUUUUUUUUCUCCCAUCUGUUUCCGUGCACAUAUAAAGUGUGUGUGUGUGUGUGUGUGUGUGAAGUGCUUCCUGGAGCAGGCGGUCAGCAGUUGCUCCCUACUCAACACACGGCGCCCCGCACAGGGUGGGCCAGCCUGAGGAAGUGCUUUCAGUUCAGGGGCCGCACAGGUUUACUUACUUACUCUUCAACCGCUGUGUGUGUGUGUGUGUCUGAAUGUGAGUGUGUGUGUCUGAAUGUGAGUGUGUGUCUGAGUGUGAUGGUGUGUG